CCCCGCCGGGCCCCAGCCCGCGGCGCGGCCGCCCGGCGCCGGGGACCCGCACAGUGGCUUUCUGCCUGGUAUGGAUGGCAGCUGGAGCAUCAGUUUCUAUGUGCCGAGUGAGCCUGGUGCCCGGACACAGGGGGCAUUCUGUGGGUCAUCGCCAAGAACGCCAGUGCCUCUCUUCUCCAUGGCCACUUGGCUUGGAACCAAGGACCCAGCUCUGUCAGUAUUGUUAACCUGUGAAUCAACUUAGCUGAAUAUGGAUCCAGGUGGUGGAAGUCUUGGACUGCAAACACAAGAAUCCAAAAUGCCUCACACUAUGAUUAUGCAGGAUUUUGUGGCUGGAAUGGCUGGCACUGCUCAUAUUGAUGGAGACCAUAUUGUUGUAUCAGUCCCUGAAGCUGUCCUAGUUUCUGAUGUUGUUACCGAUGAUGGAAUAACUCUCGAUCAUGGCUUAGCAGCUGAAGUUGUCCAAGGACCAGACAUCAUCACUGAAACUGAUGUCGUAACAGAAGGUGUGAUUGUUCCUGAUUCUGUUUUGGAAGCUGACGUUGCUAUUGAAGAAGCUUUAGAUACCAGUGAUCAUGUUUUGACUUCUGAUCUAAUAACAGAGACUGUUAGAGUUCCUGAUCAGGUUUUUGUGGCCGACCUUGUAACGGGCCCUGAUGGACAUUUGGAGCAUGUGGUGCAGGACUCUGUGUCAGGAGCCAAUUCACCUACAGUGGUUUCAGAAGAAGUUCUUGUAACGAACUCAGAUUCUGAAGCAGUCAUUCAAGCAGCUGGUACUGUUCCUGGCUCCACAGUGACUAUAAAAACAGAAGACGAUGAUGAUGGCAAAAGUACAUCUGAAGACUACUUAAUGAUAUCUUUGGAUGAUGUUGGAGAAAAAUUGGAUCAUAUAGGAAGCACUCCCUUGAAAAUCAGUACCGAGGUGGCAAAUGAUGACGUUGCUAAAGACGAUGGGUUCGGUUCAGAAGUUAUCAAAGUAUACAUAUUUAAAGCUGAAGCUGAAGAUGAUGUUGAAAUAGGUGGGACAGAAAUUGUCACUGAGAGUGACUUUCACAAUGGACAUUCUGUAGCUGGAGUAAUUGAACAAGGAGGUGUUGGUAGAAUGCAACGAGAAAAAAUGGUUUACAUGGCUGUUAAGGACUCUUCUCAGGAAGAUGAAGAUAUUAGCUGUGCAGAAAUAGCAGAUGAAGUUUAUAUGGAAGUUAUUGUAGGUGAAGAAGAAGCUACAUCACUUCCAGAAACACAGCUUGAAGACUCUGGCGUGAAUAAAACCUUUGUCCCUGUUGCUUGGGCUGCUGCUUACGGAGAUGAAAGAAGGCUCCCCAGAAGAUACGAAGAUGGUCAAGCGGCAGGAAAUAACUUGGAUACACGAUUAGAAAACAAAAACGGUAAUGCAACACAAUACCUGCAGAUUUGUGAUAGCAUUAGCACUAAUAGAGUGCUAAAACAAAAAACCAAGAAAAGGAGGAGAGGAGAGGCCAGGCAAUGGCAAACAGCUGUUAUAAUAGGUCCUGAUGGACAGCCCUUAACAGUUUACCCUUGUCAUAUUUGUGGGAAAAAAUUUAAAUCCAGAGGAUUCUUGAAAAGGCAUAUGAAGAAUCAUCCAGAUCAUAUGAUUAAGAAGAAAUACCAGUGCACAGACUGUGACUUCACAACUAACAAAAAAGUAAGUUUCCACAAUCAUCUGGAAAGCCAUAAACUUAUAAAUAAAGUUGAUAAAACCCAUGAGUUUACAGAAUAUACAAGAAGAUACAGAGAAGCGAGCCCGUUGAGUUCUAACAAACUAAUACUGAGGGACAAGGAGCCUAAGCUACACAAGUGCAAAUAUUGUGACUAUGAAACUGCAGAGCAGGGACUCCUCAACAGACAUCUGCUUGCAGUUCACAGUAAGAACUUCCCUCAUGUCUGUGUGGAGUGUGGGAAAGGAUUCCGUCACCCAUCAGAGCUGAAAAAGCAUAUGAGGACCCACACUGGGGAAAAGCCAUACCAGUGCCAGCACUGUGUCUUCAGGUGUGCUGAUCAGUCCAAUCUGAAAACUCACAUCAAAACCAAACACGGGACUGAGCUGCCCUUUAAGUGUGAGCACUGUCCCCAGGCCUUCACAGAUGAAAAGGAACUGCAGCAGCACACAGAGUUAUUCCAAGGGCAUAAGACUCAUCAGUGUCCACACUGUGACCAUAAGAGCACCAAUUCCAGUGACCUGAAGCGACACAUUAUUUCGGUUCACACAAAGGAUUUUCCUCACAAGUGCGAGGUGUGUGAAAAAGGCUUCCAUCGCCCCUCUGAGCUCAAAAAGCAUAGCGAGACCCAUAAAGGUAAAAAGAUCCAUCAGUGUAGGCACUGUGACUUUAAAACGUCAGAUCCUUUUGUACUUAGUGGGCAUAUCCUCUCAGUUCAUACAAAGGACCUGCCUUUUAAAUGCAAACGAUGUAAAAGAGGAUUUAGGCAGCAAAACGAACUUAAGAAGCACAUGAAGACCCACAGCGGAAGAAAAGUGUAUCAGUGCCAGUAUUGUGAAUAUAGCACUACGGAUGCGUCGGGCUUUAAACGACACGUCAUAUCCAUACACACGAAAGACUAUCCCCAUAGGUGUGAGUAUUGCAAAAAGGGAUUCCGUAGACCAUCUGAAAAAAAUCAGCACAUAAUGAGGCACCACAAAGAGGCCAUAAUGUAAUAUAUGAUCUCCAGAAGGAAGCAAUGUAGAAACUGUGAUACGGGAAAAAAAAAAAUCUCUCACGAACUGUUUCUCCUGGUUUCAAAGCUUGAUAUUAAAUCAUAACUUUACAUUCUUUGUAUUAAAAGUCUUAAAAGUAUUAGGGUUGGCAGGGGAUCUCAUAGCCCUAUGAUUGUUGCUUAUCAGAACCUAAAGAGCACUAUCGAAUGCAGAAGGAUGGAUGAAUGUCUUAAAUUUGGAGAAAGAUGGGUGAAUGUCUUCAAAUUAAGAGCAUUACUCAUUGUUAAGCUAUAGAAGAUGAAACAGGUGAUUGUGUUGUCCAUUUUGUCACUAACAGCAUUUGUCUCCAAUAUGAAAACAGUUCAGAUACAUGGUGGGGUUAUUUACAAACUGUUUGCAGAGGCGACCAAGUCGUAAGUUGUCGUGCAGUUCUUGCAAGGAGAGUGUCAGUCUGUCACUUGAUCAUAACGUUUUUAAGUCGCGCCUGGAAAUUGAGUUCCAGAACCGGUCAAAUUGGGAGGGAGGGGGUUGUCCCUUUUUUAUAACAAAGAAACAACAAAACACAUUUCAUUGGGGAAACUGCUUUUGUUUCCUUUUAGUUUAGGUCCAACAAGUCAGUUUUUAAUGGUUUUCAAAGCUGCUAACCUAUUCUAUUGCAGGAUAUGAUGUUUAAAAUAGAGCAUUAUGUUAUGAUCUCAGAGGUGGUGUUCUGGUGCUAGGGUUAAAGAUGUGUAUGUACAUAAUUUCCCUUUUUUAUCUGAAACUACAGUUGAAUGUUGUUCAGUAUGGCACAUAUAACAAUUAACUUUGAAUUUGACUUUUUUUAAGGAUGAAAUGGAUGCAGCUCAUAGUGUUGUGUCUCAACACUGUUGGUUUUUUCUCGCUACUUUAAAGUCUUCUCUAAAAAGAAUAUUAAAACAGAGUUGGAAAUGUAGAGGGUUUUUUUGAAUUAAAAUUCAAAGUACUUAGAAGUUCUGUGGGGCAGUGUCCUUAACAGGUAUGGCUCUUACUGUCCUACCUCCUAAUAUGAAAUUUUCAAUAGAGACAUAAAAUUGCACCUUUUAAUCGAGUCUUUAAAAGACUAUACCAUGCUAUAAACAUGCAUUUUCAAUCUGUAAGAAAGUAUAUAUGCAGUAUUUAACCAGAAAAAAAAUAUGCUGCCAUUAGAGUUUGGAGGUGGAUCUUCAGUUUACAGUGUAUACAUUUAAAAUAUGCAUCCCUUUAACCAAUGCUUUGUGUUAGCAUGCUGCAGAUCAAAUGGCGCUUAAUAUAACGAGCUGCUCUAGGGCUAUUUAAUGACAAACCUGUUCAUAAAUGUUAUGCAUAUAAUGUGUAUUUUUUACUUUUUUAGUUGCUUCAUGUUUGCACACAGCUGUUCACAUGAUAAAUUGUAACUUCAUGCUAUAUUGUGGCUUUGUGUUUCAGAUAAUGUUCAUAUUUUGGUUUUUUGCACCAGAUGAGAAUCAGUUCCUUGAGAAUAAAUUUUUUUUUUAUAUUUCUAAACUUCAGAAAGUUCAAUUUGGGAAAUCUCUUAGGAAAAAUACGUGUUUUAUGUGGCUGUAAAAACUGAUGUACACGCUGUAAAAUAAGAUUGUCACUGUUAUGUGGGAUUAUGAUUUCUAAAUGUGUUCCUCAUCGUAACGGGCGUACAAUAAAAUGCAUCUCUUGCACUCCAA